AUGAGGUCGUCGCCCGCAAGCAACCCCCUUCCCCGUGGUAUUUUGGGUUGGACCAUCGGCAAAUUGGUCACCGAGGGCUGGCGCGCUCCUGCCCACCGCGCUCGCCUCUACAAGGCGGCUCCUAUACCUCCUAUUAUAAUUGAGGACGACGAUGCCCCCGGCUCUCCUAAUGCUCUCGACGUCCCCGGCUCUCCUGAUGUCCCCGUCGCUACCGGUGCCUCCGCUCCGGUUCCGGACGCGGCCUCCAUGCUUUUCGGCAGCCUUUUUGUCGCACGUCUCACUGCCCUCGAGACUAAGAUCGACGAAAUGGGCACUGCUAUCGCCUCUUCCGCCGAAACCAGAGACUCAAACGGUGGCGCCGCGCACGACUGCAGGCUCCAAUCCAAACGACCUGCAGGUGCUAUAGCAACGCCCGGUCCAGGAAAGCUGUUUAGUUCGUUGGCCAAUUGCAAAGGGUGGCCAAAUUUGCGUAGGGCCUUCUGGGACACUCUUCGGGAUGCAUGGCCUCAGCAUCAGCCAGGCCCUCCCCAGCUGAGACCUUUGCUACCUCGACCCCAACAUCGUGAAGAAGAGUUCGAUGAGCUACCAGAACGGGCACCGGAACCAUUUCGGCCCAUGGCACCUCCCAUGGCACCUCCGCCCAUCCCGAUGGCUCCAGGUCAUCGUCCUCUGGCACCUGCUCCCCCAAGACAACAAGCACACCUUCCUACUGCGGCAACUACUACUACCCAGAACAACGUCGACAAGGCCGAUUCAAGGCCGAAAACGACCGAGCGAACCAGAGCCCGGUUUUCGGGCACAGGGAGAGCACAGGAAGCCAACAUAAAGUGA